CUAGUGAAAAUUUUACAGUUUCGGAUAUUUUAAAAUCUGCGUAUGCAGAUGCCCCUUCUAAAUGAAACGAAGCCAAGUUCGAUGAAGAUGUUAUUGUUAGUUUUAUGUCAUAAUUGAGGAUCAACGCAACAUCCACGUAGUCUGUACUACAGCGAGGCAGUUAAGAAAAACGCAUUUUACAAAGUCUAAUGUGUUGCUUUUAUCCUAAAUUGUUGAAACGAUUCUUGCUGGCAUGAAGUUUUAUUUUUUUUUUAACUUAAAACCUCAAGAACCUGAUAUCAGAGAUCAUGCAUGCAGCCAAGCCUCUAUCCUACGCUUUGAACUCCCUCUGCCCUUGAACCAGUGUGCUUCCAGUAGGUGGAGGCUCUUCCUCCCUCUAGCCGCUGUUUUCUCCCUACUGCCCCAUCAGUCCCAGAGUUCCCUAUGUUAACCCUCUUGAGCAUGUUUUAUUAUAUCUGUCUGCGGCGGCGCUCCAGGAGUGGGACUCGAGGUGAGGCUCUGACCAGUCGGCGGGCUGUGGAGUCAGGCCAGCGGGCGGUAUUGCCAGUUAGUGUGGAGGUGGAGCAAUAUGCCAAGGAGGUUCUGGACUUCAGCUCUCAUUAUGGCAGUGAGAAUAGUAUGUCCUACACCAUGUGGAACCUGGCUGGUGUACCCAACGUGUACCCCAGCUCCGGGGACUUCACCCAGACUGCUGUUUUCAGAGCUUAUGGGACAUGGUGGGAGCAGUGUGCCAGUGUUCCACCACCUUUCCGUCGCACACCUAAAGGCUUCUACAGCCAGGAUUAUAUUGAGCUGGGCUUUGAGGAGCCUGUCUACCCUACAGCAGUGGAAGUAUUGGAAACCUAUUACCCUGGAGCCAUUGUCCAGAUCCUGGCCUGCUCUCACAACCCUUUCUCCCAGAACCCACCUACUGAUGUCAGGUGGGAGGUGCUGUGGUCAGGGGAGCCCACCAAGGUGCUAACACCUCAGGCACGACAGUUUUCCCCCACCAUCAAGCAUAUCAACUUCCCCACCAACCUGCUUCGUCUGGAGGUCAACAGCUCUCUGCUGGACUACUACACUGAGCUGGAUGCUGUGAUCCUGCGCGGGGUAAAAGAGAGGCCCAUGCUGGCCCUCUAUAAGAUGCCUAUCAUCGACAUUAGUGACCUGAGUGACAGUGAGGAGGAGCCAUCUGACCUGGGAGCUCCUUUUAGGCAAGGAGGAGAUGGCAAGAGGACAGGCAACGGCUACUUUGACAAACUGCCGUAUGAGCUCAUCCAGCUGAUACUGAGCCACCUGACCCUGCCAGACCUCUGCCGUCUGGCCCAGAGCUGUAAGCUGCUGCACCAGCACUGCUGCGACCCACUGCAGUACACCCAGCUGAGUCUGCAGCCCUACUGGGCCCGGCUGAGUGAUGCCUCUCUGGGACACCUGCAGGGCCGCUGCACCCUCCUCCAGAGGCUCAACCUGUCCUGGACUGGCAACCGCGGCGCUCUCACCCUGAACGGCUUCAGCAGUUUCAUGAAGGCUUGUGGUCUCAGCUUGGUCUGUUUGGAGCUGUCAUGCUGCCACUUCCUAAAUGAGGCCUGUCUGGAGGUAAUCUCCCAGACUUGUCCAGGGCUGCAGGAGCUUAACCUGUCCUCUUGCGAUCGCCUCCAUCCACAGGCAUUCAUUCAUAUUUCCAGGUUAAUUCGCCUCCGCCGGUUGGUGCUCUACCGAACAAAGAUAGAGCAAACAGCUAUUCUGAGCAUCCUGACUUUCUGCAUAGAGCUGAGACACCUCAACCUAGGGAGCUGUGUGAGGAUUGAGGACUAUGAUGCUGUGGCCAGUAUGCUGGCUGCUCGCUGUCGCUCACUCUGCUCACUGGACCUCUGGCGCUGCAGAAACCUGACAGAUCGAGGUCUGGCCGAGCUCGUCUCUGGCUGCAGGAUGCUGGAGGAGUUGGACCUGGGCUGGUGUCCCACACUGCAGAGCAGCACCGGAUGUUUUCAGCACCUUGCCUGCAGCCUGCCACGCCUGCAUAAACUCUUCCUCACUGCUAACCGCACCGUCUGCGACUCAGACAUAGAGGAGCUGGCUACCAGCUGCCCCUCACUGCAACAUCUGGACAUACUGGGUACACGGUUGGUGAGUGUGGCCUCACUGAAGAAACUCCUCCAGUCAUGUCCUCAGCUUCUCCUCCUGGACGUGUCCUUCUGCUCUCAGAUAGACAUGCGGGUCGUCCAAGAGCUCUCUGGCCUUUUCCCCAAUGUGGCCAUCAAGAAGAGUUUCACUCAGUGACCCCAGCACACUCUCAUUUUCCACUGCCUGGAGGAAGUAAGAGCAGGGAGGUGCUCACCAGCAAACACUGCCCCAGGGUGAAUAAGAGUCAGGUCAGAUGCUGGAGGAGAUUGCAGACCUUCCUGUGUCUGUACCACAGACAAGAUCUACUUUUAGCGGGCAGUAAAUAAAGCAGUUGGAGUGGCUGAGGAUUAAGUCGCUGAACACAAACAACUACAGACUCCCAGUCACAGGAUUAAGAAAACGUGAGACUUUUUGUUGUUAUAUUUUCCACACUUGAAAUCAGGGUCAUUGCAGUAAAGCUGCUUCAUCUUCCCAGAAUAUGAAUCACCACUUGUGUAUUCCCAAGCAACACAAGGCUAAAAAAAUAUGCCUUGGUACUGGAUGCAAGACACAAACAAGGCAGCAUUUGUGAGCAGUCAUCCUUUGAACAUCUUGUCAGGACAGCAAAAAGGCACCGCAAGUGUGAAAACAAACCCUUAUUGGAAACAGUUGGAAAAGCUAAAGUAGGACUUAGCAGAUGCAUACUGGUGUUAGCUUGUUUUAUUCUUUAAAGAUCAGGGCCUUGGUCAGUGCCUUGUCAGAAUUAGCAGCAACCUUGUGCACUGGCUAUUCCAGUGCACAAGGUUCAUCCUGACUGCAUCAGCCAGUCAGAUUUAACUAUAAAUCAUAUUUGUUUUGUUGUGUUCAAAGCUCCUGAGUCCUUUGAACACAACAAAGGAAUGAAUGCAGCCUUAUUUCACACAGUGCACUGUGUACAGUGUCAAUUCAAACCUAAAUGCAAAUGUCACAAGCUAAUUUCUGUUGCUGCAAACGAAUGCAGAAUCAUACACUGGGAUCUCAAGUUAAAAGAAACACCAUCAACUGUCCUUGCACCAGGGAUUCACUGACAGGUUGCUUUCAUCAGAAACGUGUGAGAACUAGUGAAAAGACAAACUGGAACAUUUGUUUUAAUUUGCACAUUUGCUGUAAAUGCAGAAGUAGAAAAAAAAUGCCCAAGGCAUAAAAUCAACAACAGACAGACUGAAAUAGAAGUGCUGAGAAUUAACACAGUUCAGUCUAAAACCCAAAGAUACACAAUUCACAGUUGUGUUCAAGUAGAGGCACAAAUCUUCAUAUCGGAGAUGUUGAAACUAACCAGUGACUGCUUGGCAUUUUGCUUCGAAAAAAUUAGUGAAGCACUUAGUAAAUUAUCCAGAUUUUGCACUUGAUUUUUCUCUUGAUCACUAAUCGAUCAACUAAUCAUUUCAGGUCUAAUUUGUCAACAGGCCUGACCCAACAAAUCUAUUUAACUUUUUUUUGACAGUAUUAUAUUGAAUGGUUUUUGUCAUGGUAAACAUUGUGCUGCUGUUAAUGUUCAACCACACUGUUAUUGAUGGAUAUAAUUAUAUAUUGAUUAGAAAAAAAAACUUCAGUUGAGAUUGUGGUAUGUGAGGUGCCUUCCUAAUCAGACCCCGGAUACAAGACUUACAGAUGGGUGACAAAUGGAAGGGAUAAAGUGUGUCCAGAACACCUUUAGUGCUCCUCUUUAAGAGGGAGUACACAUCCAUCCAUCCAUCCAUUAUCAAUACCGCUUAUCCUAAAAAGGGUGGGGUGGAUGGGCUGGAGCCAAUCCCAGCUGACAUUGAGCGUGAGGCAGGAUAGGUUGGAGAGGACGCAUCAUUCUUCCAAAACAUAUUGUUCAACAUACUGUUUUUGCUGCUCAUUAAGUCAUUCAGUAGCCUAGAGCUGCGGCCAUUCGUUCAUUCAUUGAUAGAAGAUUAACCGACAACUAUUUUGAAGCAAAAAAAAAUCAACAUUUUCUGGUUACAAUUUUUUUAAUAUGAGGAACUGAUGUUUUUCUUUGUCAAACACAUUGACUGUGUAGCGUAUGGACAUCAUGACAGUUUCUAGAAGUGAAGCCAAUGCAACCCGAUCACCCCCUGGUGGCUCUUCUCUGUAUAAGUCAUAAAUCCUGCUUCUGGUAAGAUUGUUUUUAAUGGCAUUUAAUGACAGGCUAUAAAAAAGGGUAUACUUUGAAUGAUUGACAGCUUUGAUUGGUGGCCUGAUAUCAGACAUGAUAAUAACCUGAAUAUCUUUGGAUCUGUUGGCUGGGCAAAACAAGACAUUUGUAGAUUCCACCUUUGACUCUGGAAAGUCAAAAUGAGCAUUCCCAAUGUUAGACAUCCUGCGAAAUAAAACAUAAAUCAGAGGGAAUUAUUGGCACAUUAAUCAGUGACCUCUGAAUUUUCUGCUUCUAGUCACUUAUUCAGGAUUUUGUCACCCGUCUGUACUUAAGGCGUUUGUUGUACACACAGUCAUCAGCUCUAACUUGUUUGUCCUGGGUGAAUUUCUCUUUAAAUCCCCUGGUGGAAGAAAUACUUAGGUUCUUUGCCUAAGUAAAAGUAGCAGUACGACUGUGUAAAAAUAAAAGCCCUG